AAAAGAGAGGGAAGCUGUUGAAGUCAUAUGCUAAAGCCACAAGAAACGCAAGAUCCUGAAUAUCUUAUGCUGUUCCUCCUGUACAGAAAACUUUACAGUGAAGAAAGGACAGAUUAAAGUGCUGUCUUUCAGACUUUCCAAGAUUACACAAGACACUCGCAAAAGAGAGGUUUUGAGCUGCGAAAAGGCUGCAGAUAAUCAAGCUCGGUCACCAAUCAAUCUACACUUUGUGAAAUUACCAGUUGGUGUUUUCAAAUAGUUCAAUUGGCAUGAGCCCACUGAUUUCCAAGAAAUUUUAUCACUGACUGGUGCUAGUUGUCUUCAUGGGUUGCUACCCUUCAAAGAGAACUAAAGAGACACCGGGGUACGAGGAGCCAACAGUACUUGCUGCUGAAACACCCUGUGAGUAUGCAUUUUCAAGAGGCUCAUUGUUGCAACAUCCUAGUUUUACUGUUAGCGAAGUAGAGGCUUUAUACGAACUCUUUAAGAAAUUAAGUCGUUCGGUCAUUGAUGAUGGGCUUAUUCACAAGGAAGAACUUCAGCUUGCACUCUUCAGGAACAAAAACAGGAGGAACCUUUUCGCAGACAGGAUUUUUGAUUUAUUUGAUGUCAAGCGCAAUGGAGUAAUUGAGUUUGGAGAAUUUGUUCGAUCUUUGGGUGUCUUUCAUCCAAAUGCACCAGUUGAAGACAAGAUCCAUUUUACUUUCAGAUUAUAUGAUUUAAGGCAAACAGGUUUCAUUGAACGAGAGGAGUUGAAGGAGAUGGUACUGGCACUUCUGCAUGAAUCGGAUCUAUUGCUGUCCGAUGAUGUUGUUGAAACAAUUGUUGACAAGACAUUUUGCGAUGCAGAUUUAAAAGGUGAUGGAAAAAUUGAUCCUGAAGAGUGGAUGGAAUUUGUGUCUAAGAACCCUUCUCUUAUAAAGAACAUGACUCUACCGUAUUUAAUGGAUAUAACCUUGGCAUUUCCCAGCUUCGUGUUAAGUACUGAAGUUGAAGAUUCAGAAGUGUAGCAGAAAGGUAUCAAUCAUGUCAUUUCUAGCGAAGGUGAUCCGCUCGUUUUGGAUCAACUCUAUUUGAGAGAUGCUCGAAUUUGCAUGUGUCAAUACAAGAGCUAGACAGACUUGAGAUUACGAACUCCCAAGUGCAGCCAAGAUCUGAUCUACAAGGUGCAGCUUAUUUGCCAUCAUAAACUUUUCCAAUGCAAAACUGGUAAAGCUUAGUUUGGCUCACGUUUUGCAUGGUACAUUGCAUUACUGCAUCACAAAUUUUGCAAUGUAAUAUAUAAAAUGUAUAAGAAGUGUGUUUUUACCUGUAUUUUUCUUUGAAUUAGCACUUGAACAUGUUUUAUAUAUGAUAUAAUAAAAAUUUCAAGCAUGUUUGAUAAGAUAAGGAAAAGUUUAUUUCAGAGGAAAGGGAUAUGCAGAAGUCCUUUCUUUCAGAUUUUUUCUAUGAGAUACUAGAAAAUAAUUUAGAUUGAACAGGCCAGAUCAAAGAAGGAUUAAACCGUGCUUGUAAAAACCAUCAAUGGAACCUUCCUCAUUAAGUUUACGAGCUUGGAUAUAUUUCUAUAUUAAGCUAUGGCUGAUCAGGAGAUACAAGUUGAAGAUGGGUUAUGAGCAAAUCUGCAACGUUAAGCACAGGCGUGCAUGGUGGAUUCUGGUUGUAAGUUUCAUGAUGUGAGCCUUGUUGCUUGCCAAUUCAUCUUCACAUUCCCGGAGAAUCUGUGUAGUGGUCAUGACAGCAUAGCUUGCUGUUUUAAGUUCAUCUUCACUUAGCCACAAAAGCAACAGCUUUAAAAUUUCUCAUAACAGAUUCGUUUGAGAAACAAACCCGAAGAGUUUUUUGUAAAGCAGCAGAUGUUGUAUCGAGCAACCUCUAUUAAAAUUUGUGUAUUUUGAGCUGGAAA